CAUUAGCAUUGCAUAGUUAAAUCCUCUUUGCACAAGUACCAAUUGCUGCGUCGGAAAUAUUGGAGAUUUAACUUUUUUUUAAAAUGCUAUAAGCAGCGGUGUAAUAUGCAAUCGCACAAUGAGACACAUAUAAUGCCAUAUAAGUUUUUGAGAUUACACACGGAAAAAUGGAAACAAUAUCCAAGAUCUCCCUGAUAUUGGCUGCAUUGUUUGUUAACAUUGCGGUCGCCGCCAAUGCGGAAAAUCAACUCGGCUGUGUCACCGCGUACAGCCCAAGGAACGUCACGUUGCAGACGCAGGGUAGAGCCAUAGGAGUCAAGGGAACGGGAGCAGUAACGACUCGAACGUGGCAAGAGCACGAAUUCUCCCUGCUGGGUUACAAGUUCCAUUUGCCCUUUGUGGGUCAUGCUGUCGACUCAGAUGUAGACGAUGGUGAUAGUCUCGAUGAUGCCUGGCUGCUAGAUAACAGCGCGCAGCCAAUGUACACCAGACAGGAGGAACAACUAGAACAGGAAAGCUCCGAGCAGGGUGAUCCUGCCAACAGCAUUGUAAAGCUACGCUGUCAGAAUACAAGCGUAACAGAGAUCAAUGCCCAGCUGCUGUUUAAUCGCCAUAUAAACUAUGAGCAGGUGACACUGAUGCAUGUGCCAGGCAAUCCUGACGAAUCACUGCAACUGCAACCGUACGAGAGCAUACGGCAAUUUAAAUGGAUGCUUAGUUCACUGCAGGACGACACAUUACAGCGACUCUUUGAGCAAUAUGGGCAACGUUUUGAUACUGUUGAAACUUUGGACUUGAGCGAGAAUCGGCUGAGCUGCAUCCACUGGGCGCAGCCACAGGCCAUGCGCCGCCUUAAAGUACUUAAGCUGAGUGGCAAUCGCUUAGCCAACUGCAGCCUGGCCGAGCUACAGCAUAUGAAUCAUCUGUUGGAGCUGCACUUGGAUCGCAACGAGCUGCGGGCACUGCCCGUACACUUUGUGCAUCAGCUAAGCGAGCUCCGACUGCUGAAUCUUACCGAUAAUGAGCUGGCCGAGCUGCCCCGCAACAUAUUUGAGGGUGCACUGCAGCUGGAGUUGCUGCAUCUGGCCGGCAAUCGGUUGACCGUUUUGCCCUUCCAGCUUUUCCAGACGGCGCGUGAACUGCGCCUGUUGGAUCUCAGCAAUAAUCGCCUGCUCUCGUUUCCUGACAACUUCUUUGCACUCAAUAAUCAGCUGCGUCAGCUGCAGCUGCAAAGCAACCAACUGCAGUCCAUAGGCAAGCAUAGCCUGUAUAAUCUUCGCGAGCUGCGGCAUCUGGAUCUAUCACAGAAUGAGCUGGGCAGCAUUGAUCGCAAGGCCUUCGAGUCGCUGGAACAUCUCGUAACACUCAAUAUAUCUGGCAACAAACUAAAGCUGCUGUCCUCCAUAAUAUUCCAGCCACUUGGAGAACUGCAGCAAUUAGAUCUUAGUCGGAAUCAGUUCAAGCAGUUGCCCGAUGGACUCUUUCAGACGCAACGUAAAUUGGUGUUGCUGCGAAUCGAUAAAACCCCUCUGCAGCAGCUGCCCAAUUGGAUAUCCCGCAACGAGGACUACGUGGACGGGCAAAUACUUCAACGUCUGCGCUAUCUGUCCAUGCAGCAGAAUACGCAGCUCACCCAGCUGCCCGCUACGUUGUUUGCCAAUGUGCGAAAUCUGCGUGAGCUGCUGCUGGCCGACAACAGUCUGUCCAAGCUGCCCUCACAGAUCGGCAGCCUGACGCGUUUGCAGCGUCUUAGUGUGCGCGGCAAUCGCCUGGGCUCGCUGCCGGAGAGCCUCAAAGAGCUGAACAAGCUGCAAUAUUUAAACAUCUUGGGCAAUGAGUAUAUUUGUGAUUGCAGCAUGUACUGGCUCACCGGUUGGCUAACAAAUGCGACGACCUCGUUGCGACGGGCAGCCAUAGCUGCCAAUCGUACACUUGAUUCGUAUGAGCAUAUUGACAACCAGAUUGAUGCACUCAGCUGUCAAUAUGGCUAUCCCGGGGACAUGUUGCGCGUGCUUAGCAAUCUCAACUGUAGCGUGCCCGUUGUGGUGCAAUCCUCAGAGCCCAAGAUGUACAGACUACACGCCACCGCCAAGCUUGAGUGCAUGGUCUUCGGUAGCCCAACACCGGAUAUUAUUUGGGUGACGCCACGUCACAAGAUUUUGCGUCAUCACGCCGAUCCUGACAAGCGACCCAUCAUCAUCAACAGCGAUAAAGAACAUCAGCCCAGUAAAUUUGAACUUUUCGCCCUGACGGACGACAGCAACGCCCAGACGUUGCACAUAAACAUCAGCAGGCAGAAGAGCAUUGUGGGUCAGCGUGUGGUGCUCAUCGAGAACGGCUCGCUGCUGGUGCAUAAUAUAUCUCGCGGGGACAGCGGCCUCUACACCUGCUAUGCCUUCAAUGUGAUGGGCAAUGCAUCGGCUGGCAUAAGACUCUACAUUGAUCCCAUUGUAUUUUAUCGUGUCAAAAUCGAGAGCCUUCUGGCUGGCACACUGCUUGCAACGGCAUUUUUGUUGCUCACACUCCUGGUGCAAGGAUUGCGCAGCUGCCUGGCUAGAUUCGGUGUCUGCGAUCGUUUGUCCUGUUGUGCGAAUCGCAAUAAGAAGUCACCGAGAUCGCGGCAAAUUUACGCAAUGCUGGACAGCAUUGAGAGCUACAAGAGCCAGCAGCUGGAGCGUUUGCGUGAGAAUUAUGCACAGCAGGUGCAUCGUAUCCGGGAGAAUUGCGCACAGCAAGUCGAGUGGAUACAGAGCAGCUACACUACGCAGGCCAAGCACAUUAAGGAGUUCCGCGACAUGGGCUCCAAUCAUCUAACCGCACUAAAAGAUCAAUACUGCGAUCAGGUGAAGAAGGUGCGCGACUAUUCCACCGGCCAAUUGAGCUGGGUGCGCGAGAACUAUGUCUUCCAGCGCAAUAAAAUCCGCAAAUUCAGUGCCCACCAGGUGUUGCGACUACGCGAAGGCUACAAGUAUCAGCAGCAGUCAUUGAACAAAGUGCUGGAAAAUCUGCCAAGCUUCUAUUUCGAGAACUGUCGCAGUCGCUGCGAGGAGGAUAUUGUUGAGGACAUAGACUGUUACUUAAAGAGCCAAAUGGAGAAGGAGCUGCACAUACAGAAAAUUAAAUCACGUCUGAUGGUCGCUGACAAUUCGGCUAGCAAGGCAUCUCUUUAUUAUACGCCGCCAGAGGACGAUCUAUUUCAUCGCUCUCAGCUGAACCUGCAGACUACGCCAAUACAUAUAAACUAUAUUGACGAGAAUCUGGAUCAUCAGAAGUUGGAGUUGUACGACUUUAAAAUAGAUCCGCAAAUGUUGCUCUUUAGCAAAUCAGAACUGUAUGUUAAUCCAGAAGGCGCAAGCAGCAGUCAGGCAGCUGCCAUGGCAGCUUUACUUGGCUGCAGCAUCGAGGAUAACAACCAGAAUGCGCAGCUUUUGGAGGAGCAUGUUAGUCAUGUGGAGAUGACUAAACUGAAGGAUGCAAGUGAUGUUAAAAAUUCCAAAUCGUGUCCUGCUAUUUAUAAGGUAUCCAAACAGCAAGAUGGUAGCACGCUGCACGAGCUGCUCACCGAAGACGGAUCACCACAUCAGAUGGUGCAUCUCAAUCCAGUCGACGAGUCGACAUUGACGACGUUGCAGAUGCCCAAGGAGAAGCUAAACAUCGUUGUGGACGACAGUGACGAAGACGAAGACCGGUUAUCUCAAGAUCAGAUCAAUACAGAACUAGAAGAUUCCAAUACGCCGCCGGCGCCCGCGUUAGCCGCAUGCAACUCCAACAGCUUCCCUGACAACUGCAGUCAAUCCUAUCAGCCGGCCAGUGCGCAGCCUGCUUGCAACACGUAGAGAUUUUAUUAAUUUUUAAAUAUGUUAUUAAAGUAAAAAAGCACACAAAUACAAAAACCCAACAAAAAUUGACGCUAAAAACACAUUAAACAAAUGUUAAUGUUUAAAAUGUGUAAAAUGAAAAUGCAUCAAACAAUAAUUACGUAUAGAGUUAAUUAGUGAAACUUAAUGAAUUCAAAAACUAAACAUUGGAUGGAUUAAACAUAAAUGAAAAAAACAA